GAGCCGUCAGACAAUACGACGAAACAAUGUUGCCGGCUGCGCGUCUCAUGCGCGAUUGAGACUCGCGGCGAGCGUCGCGCGUGGCUGCGCGGCGCGCGACUGCGCAAGUCGCGCGUGCGCGACGUCGAGCGGCCACCGCUCGCUACGGUGGCGCCAGUCAUGGCGGCUGAAAACACACGCGCACGCCGCUACCACCGCCGCCGCCGCCGCCGCCGCCGCCGCCGCCGGUCGGUGCCUCCACGCCUCUACCUCACCUCCGCCACCGCCACCGUCACCGCCACCGCCACCGAUCCUCGUGGGUGACCGAUUCGAAAGAUCUACAGGUGCCCUUCAGCACGGCGGCGUCGCUGGGCUACGGGCUGCAUCACAUGCUGCAUCUGCCGCCGCAAUUCUUGCACCCGCUCGAUCACAGACUGCCCUUCGGCAGCUUUCGACCCUUGGUGCCGUCCGCGUUUGCGCCCCCCAACAAGUGUCUCAAGGUCGAGACUGGGAACGGCACGGUGCCGGGGAACGGCGGCCUACCCAGCAUCGGCUCGCUCUCGAGCAUGUCGAACAUGUUCUCGCCCACAUCCCCUGCCGGGCGCUGGCGGGGGUGCGGUGGUAUCUGUUUCCAGUGCGGCGGCCGCCGCGGCCGCCGCCGCCGCCGCGGCCGGCCAGGAAGUUGGCGGGCCACAAAGUCCGGCCGGUUCCGCGAGCCGCUCGCCUACCGGCACCGGCGGUACCGGUUCCGUGCCGAAUCGUGGUGCCACCCCCGACGAGGAAGACCGCGACGCCAACGCCACGCCUGGGUCCGAAAACACGGAGCGAUCCACUCCGGAGGAGGGACGACCGUACAGACUGGGGCCUGUGUUCGGGGGCCGAUGCGGCGCGGAGGCGCUCGGUCUGGGGCUGGGGCUGUCGCCGGGCCCGGCCUACAGGUUCGCUCUGCCCCCGGGACUCGCUGCCAAGACCACCCGCUGCCUUGUAUUCGACCAAGGUAAGUGCAGCCCGCGACGUUAUCAGCCAUUCAAAGUAGUAGAAUGUCAGCGCGUCUUCGUCAUCGACGGCUUUAUCUUUACCGCCGUAUGCGCGUACGUUCGUAAGUAGG